GUCAAGUCCACAUCCCAUUUAUAAACUCUUGGUGUAACCCAAAUCCCAGCAUUUGAAGGUCUGGUUCUAAGAUCUGUUUACUUCAGAUCCCACUUCCUGUGGCAUUUACGGGUAACACAACACACCCCUUGAAGGCUCAUAGACUGUGCUUAUGACUCAGGGCACUUGUUUUUCAAUUCCAUUUACCAGUCAUGCGAGGGCCUUUGGUGAAUUUGGUCUGUGUUCAGGAGCUAUCAGGGAAGGUAGAAAUUCUGGGCAGAAGGUUUUUUGGUAUGCAGAUAUAAGUGUUUAUGUAGAUGGUACUCUUGUAGCAGCCUAGGCAAUGAGCUCACAUACUUGUGGAAACGUCUCGAAGCAUCCAUAUUCACAAAUGCUCUGUUCUUGGCACAGAUUAUUUUGAAAAGCUGUAAUUCUCACAUAUUGUCACUUUUUUCCUUGAAGGAACAGAUUCAAGUGUGUGUGUUUAAGAGAAAAAAGAUAGUUGACACACUGCUGUAGUCUUUUGGCACUAGAAAAAAAAAAGUCUCCAGAUUUGGAACUUUCAUGAAAGAAAACCUGUAUCUCCUUCUGAAAUUCUCAGGCUCUUCGUAAUACGAAGUCAAACAUGACCAGUGAACCUUCAUGUCACACAAAAGAUAUUUGUGGUCACUUCUCAUAUCACUUCAAAGUAUUGUAUAGCUUUAGCUAUUUAAGGGUCUUGUUGUUUUUUUAAGUUGACCACAGCCAUGAUAUCCUAAAACAUGUAAACUCCAACAUGUCUGAGAUGCCCACGUCAUGUUUGCAUGUCACCAGGCUCCUCUUCCUCAGCUGGAUAUUGUGGCCACUGACACACAAGCCAAAGAGAGUGCCCGGGUACAUCCGUGUAUUAAAUAUCAGUAAAGCCAAUCUUUCUCUCAUUUUUAAAGGAAAAUACUCAUAAGUAGAUUUCCUCACCCUUUUUUCAUGGCCGAAUAUUUUCUUGCUCACCCUUCUUGGUGACCACUGUCAGGAUUCAAGGGCAGCGACCAUGCUCUAUGAAUAUGCCUGCUAUUUCUGACCUUUUUUUUUUCCCCAAUAUUUACUGGUGUUUGGGCAUUUCAUCAGCAGGAUCCAUUGAAUUAGACAUUUUCAAAUAUUUCCUGUAUUCACCAAAGAAAAAUCAUGUACUGGGUAAAUGGUACUGCCCAUUUGGAGGUACCCUAGUCCCCCUUCUUGGCCUUUCUGGCUCACUCCUUACUGCUGCCUCUCCUGUGUCCCUGUGUCCAUGUUCCGGCCGUCAGAGCAACUUGCUGCCCUCCCCCACACGCACUCUUUCACUUCUCCAUGAUCCCGUAAUGCCCCUCCCACCCCCACUGAUGAGUAACUUGAGGGUGGUCUCCCGGGUCACUCCUCCCUGCAGCCUUCCAGGGCCAUCUCUCUGCCUUACUUGCCUACACACACGCACACACACAAUUAAUUCCUGUCUUUUCCAGAAUCUCGUGAUAUUUAGCUUCAGUUACAGCUGUUACAAUACAUACAGGCAUUCAAAGACUGAACUCCCUGGGUUAAGAACAUUAUCAUUUCCAUUUCAAAAUCUUUAGUACCCAUCACACAGUAAUCACUUGACAAAUGCUUGUUGAAUGAAUAAACGUUUUUUUAUCUUGGGUACCCUAAAAGGCCACAGAUUCUUCCAGCAAAUAUCAAUUAAGUACCUAUCAUACUUUCUUCAGCAUGCAUACACGCAGACCCUUGACACCAGCCAACCAUUGGAGACUCCCCUUGUCAGCGUUGAAAUGCUUUCCUUGCUGAAGUAUGUCCUCACCCCGGAGGAACAGUGCUAAGUGUGGCCAGUGCUGCCAACAAGGGCAUCUCUGUGUUGUACACCUGAGGUAAACUAAGCAGAGCUGUGGUCAUUGACUUUUUGUGCAAUGUCCAGAGUCUGCCUGUGACUUUACUGAGACCCUCUUUUUCCCAUGAGUGUCUUACUCUAGGCCUGUGCAGACAGGCUUCCAGGGAGGGAGAUGCACCCAAGUUCAGAAUAUAACAAGAACACAUGACAUGACUGGUCUCGUGCCUUGCACUAGGGCCCUGUUCACUUCUCUCACUGGUCCUGAGCCUGCUCACCGCUGGUGACCUCUAGAAGUUUUAACACCAUUCUGCUGCAUACAUGCAGAAAUAAAAACUUCUUUUGAGUGGGCAUAUAGAUAUUGGAUGGCAAAUUUCUUGACGCAAAAAAAAAAAAAACCCACCCAAAAAUACAGUGGCUGUGUUUGGUACUGCUCCAGUUCACUGCUGAGCAGUGGUCACCAGAAGAACCACGGGUGCUCAUUCAUUGGCACCACCAGUAACUCUUAGGCUAACAACAGUUACUGGAAAGACCAUUUUUAGAGGAAUCCUUUGUGCCAUCAAGAGAGUUCUCAGAAAUUAGCAGCCUGCAGUGUGUGCUCACUCUGCACUGAUUCAAUUGUUCACCUAAAAAACAAACACUGAAAAUACUCAACGAAUUGUGUAAUGUUUAAUAUUUUAACAGUAAGCAAACAGACUUUUUAGUAGUGGGGAAAAACAUUUGCCUUUCCCUUCCUGGUUGUGUCCCAGGGAGGAGUGAAGUAAGCCCUCUUCAAGGGGAAGUUCUUGGACAUGCUCUUGUCAGGCAUUGGUGACACCUUUGCAAGUGGCCGGUGUCCUGCAUGUACACCUUAGAGUAGCUGAAGGGGUCCAGCCGCCUGGGGACUCUCUGUGCCCCGUAGUAUUGAGUGUUUCAAGGAACUUUAACUUCCUUCCCUCGUGUACAUUUGCUUGUGUAACCAGGAAGCUUCCCAGAUUUUGUAAUUCUGGGAUCUCCUCCUUUAGAUUCCUUUUGCUCAAACAGAACCGAUGCAAGUGUAGCAUUCACUGAAACUUUAGAUACAGCCUCACAUGCACAAAGCAACAAGCUGGGCACUGGGAGGGUGCAGAGAUAAAUAAAUGAAGGUGGCGGGGCUUAAAAAGGAUAUUUUUUUCCUUCUGAUUUCUAAUGUUAUGUUCUAGGAGCAAUAUAUAAAAAAUUUAUAAAGGUGUUCACUGUUUAAAGGAUAUACAAGGAUGUGGUACUGUAGUGGUUAAGAGCACAGACUUAGGAGUUAAAGGAGGUUGAGGUUCAAAUCUUGGCAACUUUCUUGCUGUGUGAUUUUGGGCCAGGUACUUCUUGGGUUCUUCGUCUAUAAAAGCCAGAGCUGGGUUAGCAGGCUAUAGAAGUAUACUACUUAUAAGUAUAACAGUAUAGAAUAUAAAAGCUUCUUGUAUUUUAAUCUAUCAAAAGAAAAUAAAGAGCCACCUGUGAGGUACCUGUUUUCUAAAUCCGUAUUUCUUUGUUAUCAGAUCUGCUGUGUUUUAAGUAACAGACUUGCAAUCUAUUUUGCUUUUUAUCUUCUAACUUGGUAAAAGGUGUUUUAUGAUUAUUUCCCAAAUUAUGCUCAAGCACCCUCCACCUGCCCAAAGGUGCCCAAAAGUCAUGCCCGUGAGCCCCACGUCUCCCCUGAUGUCCCACAAGGCCUCAACGCUCCUGAGCCCCAGGGUCGCCCUGCUCCACUUGAGAGGCUUGCAGGCCCCACCCCGGAGCCCUCUGCACAGGGCCUCCUCCAACCAGCCAGUUCUCCCGUAGCUUCGGAGGAAGAGCUGCUGCCCCGAGCCUCUCCCAGGAUUCAGAGAGAAAAAGUUCACCUUCGCUAAACCAGCUGCCCAGGGACAACUAGCCCCGACCGGAGGUGCUGCCCUCCUCUUUUGUGCCUAAACUGCUUCCAGAAACCUUUUGGAAACCACAGGCCUUAUGCUGGGUGUCCCUUCCAGCAAGAAGAUGGCAGUGCUCAGGCAGCUGACACUCCUGCUCUGGAAGAACUACACUUUGAAGAAGCGGAAGAUUCUAGUGACAGUCCUGGAACUCUUCCUGCCAUUACUGUUUUCUGGAAUCCUGAUUUGGCUUCGCUUGAAGAUUCAGUCUGAAAAUGUGCCCAACGCCACCAUCUACCCUGGCCAGUCCAUCCAGGAGCUGCCCCUCUUCUUCACCUUCCCUCCGCCUGGAGACACCUGGGAGCUCGCCUACGUCCCUUCCCACAGCGAUGCUGCUAAGACCAUCACCCAGAUGGUGAGAAGGGAGCUGGUGAUCAACAUGAGAGUGCGCGGCUUUACCUCCGAGAAUGACUUUGAGGACUACAUUAGGUAUGACAACCAGUCCUCCAGUGUGCUGGCCGCAGUGGUGUUUGAGCACACCUUCAACCACAGCAAGGACCCUCUGCCCCUGGCGGUGAAAUAUCACCUACGGUUCAGUUACACACGAAGAAAUUACAUGUGGACCCAAACAGGCUCCUUGUUUCUGAAAGAGACAGAGGGCUGGCACACCGCCUCCCUUUUUCCACUUUUCCCAAACCCAGGACCAAGGGAACCGACAUCCCCUGAUGGUGGAGAACCUGGGUACAUCCGGGAGGGCUUCCUGGCUGUGCAGCACGCUGUGGACAGAGCUAUCAUGCACUACCAUGCCAACGCCUCGGCACGCCAGCUGUUCCAGAAGCUCACGGUGAUAGCAAAGAGGUUCCCGUACCCACCUUUCAUCUCGGACCCCUUCCUCAUGGCCAUCCAGUACCAGCUGCCCCUGCUGCUCAUGCUGAGCUUCACCUACACCUCACUCACCAUCAUCCGGACCGUGGUGCAGGAGAAGGAGAGAAAACUGAAGGAGUACAUGCGCAUGAUGGGGCUCAGCAGCUGGCUGCACUGGGGCGCCUGGUUCCUCAUGUUCUUCCUCUUCCUCCUCAUCGUGGUCUCCUUCAUGACCCUGCUGUUCUGCGUCAAGGUGAAGAAGGACGUGGCCGUGCUGUCAAGCAGCGACCCCUCUCUGGUGCUGGCCUUCUUGCUAUGCUUUGCUGUCUCCUCCAUCUCCUUCAGCUUCAUGGUCAGCACCUUCUUCAGUAAAGCCAACAUGGCGGCAGCCAUCGGUGGCUUCCUCUACUUCUUCACCUAUAUCCCGUACUUCUUUGUGGCUCCUCGGUACAACUGGAUGACCCUGAGCCAGAAGCUCUUCUCCUGUCUCUUGUCCAAUGUUGCCAUGGCGAUGGGAGCCCAGCUCAUAGGAAAAUUUGAAGCCAAAGGCACAGGCAUCCAGUGGCGAGAUCUGCUGAGCCCUGUCAACGUGGAUGAUGACUUCUCCUUUGGCCAAGUGCUGGGGAUGCUGCUGCUGGACUCUGUGCUCUAUGGCCUGGUGACCUGGUACAUGGAGGCCGUCUUCCCAGGGCAGUUCGGCGUGCCCCAACCCUGGUACUUCUUCAUCAUGCCCUCGUACUGGUGCGGCCAUCCGAGGAUGGUCGUAGGGAAAGAGGAAGAAGACAAUGACCCCGAGAAGGUGCUCCAAACAGAGUACUUUGAAGCUGAACCAGAGGGUCUGGUAGCCGGGAUCAAGAUCAAGCAUCUGUCCAAGGUGUUCAGGGUGGGGAAUAAGGACAAGGCCGCUGUCAGAGACCUGAACCUGAACCUGUACGAGGGGCAGAUCACUGUCCUGCUGGGCCACAACGGCGCGGGGAAGACUACCACGCUUUCCAUGCUCACAGGUCUCUUUCCCCCUACCAGUGGACGGGCAUAUAUCAGUGGAUACGAAAUUUCCCAAGACAUGGUUCAAAUCCGGAAGAGCUUGGGGCUGUGCCCCCAGCACGACGUCCUGUUUGACAACUUGACAGUCGCUGAACAUCUUUAUUUCUAUGCUCAGCUGAAAGGCUUAUCACGCCAGAAGUGCCCAGAAGAAGUCAAGCAGAUGCUGCAUGUCCUCAGUCUGGAGGACAAGCGGAACUCCUGGUGCAGGUUCCUGAGUGGGGGGAUGAAACGCAAGCUUUCCAUCGGCAGUGCCCUCAUAGCAGGCUCCAAGGUGUUGAUGCUGGACGAGCCCACCUCAGGCAUGGAUGCCAUCUCCAGGAGAGCCAUCUGGGACCUUCUUCAGCAGCAGAAGAGGGACCGCACUAUCCUGCUGACCACCCACUUCAUGGAUGAGGCUGACCUGCUGGGAGACCGCAUCGCCAUCAUGGCCAAGGGCGAGCUGCAGUGCUGUGGGUCGUCACUGUUCCUCAAGCAGAAAUAUGGUGCGGGCUACCACAUGACACUGGUGAAGGAACCACACUGCAACCCCGAGAGCAUCUCGCAGCUUGUCCUCCACCACAUCCCGAACGCCACACAGGAGAGCAGCGCCGGGGCCGAGCUGUCCUUUAUUCUUCCCAAGGAGAGCACACACAGGUUUGAAAGUCUUUUUGCUAAGCUGGAGAAGAAGCAGGAGAAGUUGGGCAUUGCCAGCUUUGGGGCUUCAGUGACCACCAUGGAGGAAGUCUUCCUGCGGGUUGGUAAGCUGGUAGACACCAGCAUGGACAUCCAAGCUAUCCAGCUGCCUGCCCUGCAGUACCAGCACGAGAGGCGAGCGAGUGACUGGGCCGUGGACAGCAACCUGUGCGGGGUGAUGGACCCGACUGACGGCAUUGGUGCCCUCAUUGAGGAGGAGCAUGCAGCCAUCAAGCUGAACACUGGGCUUGCGCUCCACUGCCAGCAAUUCUGGGCCAUGUUCCUGAAGAAGGCCAUGUACAGCUGGCGGGAGUGGAAGAUGGUGGCAGCCCAGGUCCUGGUCCCUCUGACCUGCCUCACCCUGGCCCUCCUGGCCAUCAACUACUCCUCCGAGAUCCUUGACGACCCCAUCCUGAAGCUGACCUUGGGCGAGUAUGGCAGAACCAUCGUGCCAUUUUCAGUCCCUGGGACCUCUCGGCUGGACCAGCAGCUGUCGGAGCAUCUGAAAGACAUGCUGCAGGGUGAGGGGCAGGAGCCCCGUGAGGUGCUGGGUGACCUGGAGGAGUUCCUCAUCUUCAGGGCCUCGGUGGAGGGGGGCGGCUUUAACGAGCGGUGCCUCGUGGCAACGUCCUUCAGAGAUGUAGGCGAGCGGACGGUCGUCACUGCCCUGUUCAACAACCAGGCCUACCACUCCGCAGCCACCGCGCUGGCCAUUGUGGACAACCUCCUAUUGAAGCUGCUGUGCGGCCCUCAGGCCUCCAUCGUGGUUUCCAACUACCCCCAGCCCCGGAGCACCCUGCAGGCCGCCAAGGACCAGUUCAGCGAGGGCCGGAAGGGAUUUGACAUCGCUCUCAACCUACUCUUUGCCAUGGCAUUCUUGGCCAGCACAUUCUCCAUCCUGGCAGUCAGUGAGAGGGCCGUCCAGGCCAAGCACGUCCAGUUUGUGAGCGGGGUCCACGUGGCUACUUACUGGCUCUCUGCUCUGGUGUGGGACCUUAUCUCCUUUCUCGUCCCCAGUCUGCUGCUGCUGGUGGUGUUCAGAGCCUUUGAUGUGCAUGCCUUCACACGGGACGGCCAUGCGGCCGACACGCUGCUGCUGCUCCUGCUGUAUGGCUGGGCUAUCAUCCCACUCAUGUACCUGAUGAACUUCCUCUUCUCGGGGGCGGCCACUGCCUACACCAGGCUGACCAUCUUCAACAUCCUGUCGGGCAUCGCCACCUUCCUCAUGGUUACCAUCAUGCGCAUCCCAGCGGUAAAACUGGAAGAACUUUCCAGAACCCUGGACCACGUGUUCCUGGUGCUGCCCAACCACUGCCUGGGAAUGGCAGUCAGCAGCUUCUAUGAGAACUACGAGACAAGGAGGUACUGCACCUCCUCUGAGGUCGCCGCCCACUACUGCAGGAAAUUCAAUAUCAAGUACCAGGAGAGCUUCUACGCGUGGCACGCCCCGGGAGUCGGCAGGUUCGUGGCCUCCAUGGCCGCCUCAGGGUGUGCCUACCUCACCCUGCUCUUCCUCAUCGAGACCAACCUGCUGUGGAAACUGAGGACCUUCAUCUGUGCCUUCCAGAGGAGGCGGGAGCUGACAGAAUUGUACAACCGGACGUCAGUGCUUCCUGAGGACCAAGACGUGGCAGAAGAGAGGAACCGAAUCCUGGCUCCCAGCCUGGACUCCCUGCUCGACACCCCUCUCGUUAUCAAGGAGCUCUCCAAGGUGUAUGAGCAGCGAGCUCCCUUCCUUGCCGUGGACAAGAUCUCCCUGGCAGUCCAGAAAGGGGAGUGCUUCGGCUUGCUGGGUUUCAACGGAGCCGGGAAAACCACAACUUUCAAAAUGCUGACUGGGGAGGAAACCAUCACAUCUGGGGAUGCCUUUGUUGGGGGCUACAGCAUCAGCGCUGACAUCGGGAAGGUGCGGCAGCGCAUCGGCUACUGCCCCCAGUUUGAUGCCCUGCUGGACCACAUGACUGGCCGGGAGAUGCUGGUCAUGUAUGCACGGCUCCGCGGCAUCUCCGAGCGCCACAUCGGUGCCUGUGUGGAGAACACACUGCGGGGCCUGCUCCUGGAGCCACAUGCCAAUAAGCUGGUCAGGACGUACAGCGGUGGUAACAAGCGGAAGCUGAGCACUGGCAUUGCCCUGAUCGGAGAGCCUGCGGUCAUCUUCCUGGACGAGCCAUCCACUGGCAUGGACCCUGUGGCCCGGCGCCUGCUCUGGGACACUGUGGCACGGGCCCGCGAGUCUGGCAAGGCCAUCGUCAUCACCUCUCACAGCAUGGAGGAGUGUGAGGCCUUGUGUACCCGGCUGGCCAUCAUGGUGCAGGGUCAGUUCAAGUGCCUGGGCAGCCCCCAGCACCUCAAGAGCAAAUUUGGCAGCGGCUACUCCCUGCGGGCCAAGGUCCGGAGUGAAGGGCAGCAGGAGACACUGGAGGAGUUCAAGGCAUUUGUGGACUUGACCUUCCCAGGCAGCGUCCUGGAAGAUGAGCACCAAGGGAUGGUCCAUUACCACCUGCCCGGCCACGACCUCAGCUGGGCAAAGGUUUUUGGUAUCCUGGAGAAAGCCAAGGAGAAGUACGGAGUGGACGACUACUCUGUGAGCCAGAUCUCACUGGAGCAGGUCUUCCUGAGCUUCGCCCACCUGCAGCCACCCGCCACGGAGGAGGGGCGAUGAGGAGCUGCCUCGCAGGUGUUGGGAUCGGCAUUUAGGACUGAAGUCACAGCGUAUUCGAGGCACACGUGUGAAACCAGACUGCAUCGACAGGACUUCGGGGGAGGCUGGCCACCCUCUUGAGGGCAGGACGAAGCUGCCAGCAGGUCUUUAAAUCCAGAAAUCCUCUUUAGGAAAAUGGUCUGCAGCUGUGGAGGGGAUGAUGCAGGCACAGCUGAGGCCACCACGUGAGGACCAGGAUAGGAAGCACGUCCAGUCAGGACCGAACCUGCUGAUGGGGUGUCUGCGGAAGGGCCUAAGUCUGCACACAAGCAUGGAACUUGGGCGGCUGCAGGGCUGACCUAGUUAGGAGGGACCCCAGCAACAGCUGGAAGGGUCCACUCAGCCUCCCAGUGGAGGCCACUGGAAACCCGGUACUGGAACCAAGAGUCACAUGCUGAGACUCCAGAAUCUGUAACGUGCAGCUUCAAGAGGACUCAGAGGCUGGAGCCCCAGGACCACCCCCAACUGAUCUUUCUUCAGCUGUGGCAGUUCUAAGGCCACGGGAGGGCACGGGCCCACGACCCUGGCACAGGAGUCGCUUCACAGCACCCCCCUCAUGACCGCUCUCUAGACCAUCUGGCAGGCCCAGCCCUCCAAGGGCUCAGCAGUUAAAGCGAGAUCCAGAGAUGAGCUCCCGCCUGUGCUGCUCUGCAUGGCCUGGCAGGGGGCUCCCAUGGGGAAGAUGCCCAUCCCGGGAGGGGAGGGCAGUGAGGAGGCUGUGACAGUGUGGCUCAGCCACAACACCCGGACCGUGGGUUGCACCCAGUACUUAGGGAAGACCCUGCCAUGGGUGGGGCCUUUGCACCUUUAAAGGGGAAGGACUGCCCAGGGGAACAGAGGAGGCAGUCAGGCUUCUCAGCAGGUCACAGGUCAACAGGUCAAAGGGAACCCACCCCUGGGCCACAGGAAUGGGCUUGCUACGUGUACCAGAAAACCCCAGAUCGUAGUGGUUUUAUUAUAUUUUUUGGUGGCUGGCCAGUACGGGAAACCAAACCCUUGACCUUGAUGUUACAA